AUGGGAUCCGUUUCGUACGAACCUGAGCUUCCCCCUCAGCCUCUCCCAGGGGAUAGUGGGACGAUGCCCACGGGUACCACGGUGUUCGAGCCCGUCGCAAUAAUCGGCAUGGCCAUGAGACUCCCCGGAAGAGUACACAACGACACCGACUUCUGGGAUUUCCUCUCCCAGAAGAAGAGCGGGCUCGUCGAUGUGCCCAAGAACCGAUUCAAUAUUGACGGAUUCUACGACCCGUCUGGCAAGCCCGGCACCAUUCCCAUCAACCGGGGCUUCUUCCUCGACGACACAGAGGUCGAGCAGUUUGACCCGUCGGUGUUCCCAAUGUCAAAGAAGGAGCUGGAGCGCCUCGACCCGUCACAGCGACAACUUCUUCAGGUGGCCUACGAGUGCUUCGAAAGCGCAGGCGUGUCCACAUGGCGAGGCAGCAGCGUCGGCUGCUACGUCGGGGAGUUCGGCGAGGACUGGACCGACCUAAAUGCCAAGGAGACCCAGCACCGCGGCGGGUACCGAGGCACUGGGUUCGGGGACUUUGCCAUGAGCAACAGGAUUUCGUAUGAGUUCGACUUGCGCGGCCCAAGCAUGACGGUCAAGACGGCCUGCUCCUCGUCCCUGGUAGGGCUUGACCUGGCCUGCGGGGCGAUUCACAGGAGCGAGUGCGACAGCGCGCUCGUGGGCGGCACCAGCCUCAUCUUCUCGCCGACCACCUGGCUCGCGCUCAACGACCAGGAGCUGCUCUCGCCCAGGGGCCAGUGCCGCACCUUCGACGCCUCCGCGGACGGCUACGCGCGCGGCGAGGCCGUCAACAUGGUGCUCAUCAAGAGGCUCAGCCACGCGCUCCGCGACGGGGACCCCAUCCGCGCCGUCAUCCGCGCGACGGGCGUGAACAGCGACGGCCGGACCAAGGGGAUGCUGACGCCGAGUCCUGUCGCGCAGGCGGCGCUGAUCCGCCGGACGUAUGAGGCUGCUGGGAUUGCGGACCUGUCGCGGACGGCCAUUGUUGAGUGCCAUGGCACGGGUACUCCUGUUGGUGACCCCCUUGAGACGGAAGCUGUGGCGAGCUGCUUUGGAGAGAAAGGGGUGAUUAUCACUUCGGUCAAACCGAACGUCGGGCACUCUGAGGGUGCUGCUGGCUUGACGAGUUUGAUCAAGAACGUUUUAGCACUGGAACACCAAACGGUGCUGCCCAAUAUCAAUUUUGAAACGCCCAACCCGAAGAUUCCCUUUGCUGAGUGCAAGCUCCACGUACCAACCGAACUUGAAGCAUGGCCCUCGGACCGUGCGGAAAGAGUCAGCGUGAACUCGUUCGGAAUCGGUGGCGUGAAUGCGCACGUGAUCAUCGAAUCACCACGUCAAUUCGGAAUUACACCCACGGCCUCCGCCAAGAGCAAUGGAGUCGCCAGUGGCCACCCAGUCAACGGUGUGCGAGCGAACGGCACUCAAACAAAUGGCCACAGCAACGGCAAUCACGAGAAUGGGGAGGCUCUCGGUAAGCAGGGGCCCAGCCUGCUGCUUUUUUCAGCCUAUACCACCGCUUCUCUCGACUCUCAGGUCAGGGGGCACCGCGAAUACGUUGAGGGCCACAAGACCCAGCUUUCGGACGUGGCCUACACGCUGGCCAACAAGCGCGAGCAUAGGCCUCACCGCGCCUACGCGGUGAUGGGCACUUCCUCCGAACUCGAGGCUUCUGGCACCCAGGCCGUCCAGGGCUUGCCUCCUCGUGUUGGAUGGGUCUUUACGGGCCAGGGUGCGCAGUGGGCAGAGAUGGGCGUGUCGCUCAUCGAUACGAAUGCCACAUUCCGGGCAACAAUACGAAGGCUGGACAAGUUCCUGCUGUCGCUACCCACGCCUCCGCCGUGGACGAUAGAGGGAGAGCUGCGCAAGACCAAGGCCGACAGUGGCGUGUACCGCGCUGAACUCGGCCACCCCCUAUGCGUCGCCCUACAGAUCGCGCUGGCCGACGUGCUCCUCUCGUGGGGCGUCGCGCCAGACUUUGUUCUCGGCCACUCGUCCGGCGAGGUGGCGGCCGCCUACGCCAGCGGCGCCAUCACGGCCGAGGCCGCCAUGGCGACGGCGACGUUCCGUGGGUCGAGUAACGUCUCCACCGACCAGAGAGGAUCAAUGGCCGCGGUCGGGCUUGGCAGGGACGAGGUGCUGCCCUUCCUGGAGCCGGGCGUCGAUAUUGCCUGUGAGAACAGCCAGUUGAGCGUCACUUUGUCUGGAGACACGGAGGCGGUGGAGAAGGUCGUCAGUCGCCUGCAGACUGAGCGGGCUGGCGUGUUUGCCCGUAUGCUCCGGGUUGAAAAGGCAUACCACUCACAUCACAUGCUUCAGUAUGGCCCUUCAUAUGAAGAGCACAUCCGGCCUUAUGUGGUCAGCGCCGAUCCCGUGAUACCAUUGUACUCGUCUGUCAGUGGGAAGCGUCACAGCGGGAAGCAUUGCCUGGAUGCAACAUACUGGCGUGCCAACAUGGAGCGUCCCGUCCUUUUCAACUCGGCGCUCCGCUCUGCACUGCAGGACCAGCCUGGGGAUGUGGUACUCGUCGAGAUUGGGCCGCACCCUGCACUCUCCGGGCCCAUUGGUCAAAUCCUGAGGGAUGUCGGCCGUGCAGACCAAGUCGCCCAUGUGGGAACACUGGCGCGGGACAAGAAAUGCGACGAAAGCAUCCUGCACCUCGGCGGCAAGCUCUUCCAGCGGGACAUCCACGUGGACUGGUCUGCCGUGUGCCCACCAGGACGCUUCCUCACGGACCUGCCCCGCUACAGCUGGAACCAAAACACCAGCCACUGGGCCGAGCCGAGGCUCACCAACGAGUGGAGGAUGCGCGAGAACCCGCCACAUGAGCUGCUUGGCAACCGCCUGUAUGAGAUCACCAGCGAGCCCACCUGGAGAAAGGCCCUGGCACUCGAGGACGCGGCCUGGCUGGCUGGCCACGAGGUCAACGGGCAGGUCGUGUUCCCGGCCGCUGGCUACAUGGCCAUGGUCGGCGAGGCCAUCCAGCAGCUGACGGGUGAGACGACCGUCAGCGUCAGGAAUGUGCGCAUCGCCGCGGCGCGCGUUCUGGAGUCGGAUAAGACGGUGGAGCUGGUGACGAGCCUCAAGUCCAUCAUGCUCGACGCCUCGGAGACCUCCCCUUGGUACGAAUUCGCCGUUAGUUCCUGGGACGGCACGCGAUGGGCCAAGAACUGCUUGGGAGAGGUGCGAGCUAUGACGGACAAGUCAUUCACCCCGCCUGAAGUGGAUAAUGCCUGUGGUGGCGGCGCCCUUCCGCGCAGCGUGGAUGAGAAGUCUUGGUAUAACAGUCUGAGGCGACUCGGAUUCAACUACACUGGGCCUUUUGAGGGGCUCGAGUCCGUUUCGUCAGCUACUAACACGACUCUGGCCAGAGCCCGGGUGUCGACACGGCCGGCUGGAGUCGUGAAGGACUCAAAAACCUCAAGGUGUCUGCUCCACCCUGCUGUCAUCGACCAGUGCCUACAGCUGUUCAUGGUCGCCUCCUUCCGCGGCCUCUCGCGCAACAUGAACCAGCUCUCCGUCCCCACCUUCAUCGAGGAGAUUGUCAUCUCGCACAGCACGCAGGAGCUCGAUGUUGUCGCCAACGUCGGCAACCUACAAGAGCGCGGGUCGUUUACUGGAGAUCUGGUGGCUCACAACAGCCAGGGCCAACCCGUCGUCAGCAUUAAGGGGCUCAAGACGAGUGCCCUCACCAGUAACGAGUCGGCCGAGGAAGAGCUGCCACUGAUCACGCAGCUGGAAUGGCGUCCUCACAGUGACUUUGUGGACCUGGGGGCCUGUCUGCCCCGCCGUGAAUCCCGCGAGAAGGAAUGGCCGCUGCUUGAAGAGCUCAUCGUCCUGUGCAUGCUGGACCACCGUGAGCGCAUCCAGACCGCCGGCGAUGGCCAGGACGCGACUGCUGAGCAUCUGGUCAAGUUCCACGGUUGGAUGGGCGAGCAGAUCGACAAGUACCGGGCCGGGACGAACCAGUUUGUGCCAAAGGAGCUCCGCCUUGAGGACAAGACCCCAGCCGAAAGGGUGUCUCGCAUUGAGCAGAUCGCGGAUGCGCUGGUAGGGUCGCCGUAUGAGGUCUUCUGCACUGCCAUCCACCGCCUGUUCAAAGUGGCCCCGUCCAUCUUCACGGGAGCGACGCACCCUCUCCACGUCCUCCUCGAGGACAAUGUUCUCGCCGAGUUCUACGAAGCGGCCUCGGUCGACUCGUCCGACAUGAUAAGGCUGCUGGCCAACACCAACCCGCACCUGCGCAUCCUCGAGGUUGGAGCGGGAACGGGUGGCACGACGGUUCGCGUGCUCAAGUCACUGACCUCGCCGUAUGGCGAGCGGCUCUACAGCAAAUACUCGUACACGGACGUCUCGGCCGGGUUCAUGACGGCGGCCAAGGAGCGGUUCGCGGAGCACGAGAACAUCGAGUACGGCGUGCUGGACGUGUCCGAGGAUCCCGCCGCGCAGGGUUUCCAGCUGGGCAGUUAUGACCUGAUCAUCGCGGCCAACGUGAUCCACGCGACCCCGACCCUGAAGACGACCCUCGGGAACCUGCACAAGCUGCUGAGCCCCGGGGGCCGCCUCUUCCUCGAAGAGCUCAGCCCGGACGCCAUGUUCUUCAACUACGUGAUGGGCUUCCUGCCAGGCUGGUGGCUGGGUGCUGCCGACGGCCGGCCCGACAGGCCAUGGGUAUCUCCAGAGCGCUGGACCAAGGAGCUGGUGGCUGCGGGAUUCCAGGAGCCCGAGUGUAGUGUCCACGACGAUGCCACGCCGUACCACGUCAACGCUGCAAUCCUCGUGCCGCGCGAGAGCAGGAGGACCAGCCCGUCCAGGGUCACCCUACUCUGCCGCAGCCCCGAGGCGCCCCUCGUGGCCGAGAUGCAGCGCAGGCUGGACAUUCAGGGUGUCCUCACGGACAUCUGCACGUUCGGCCAUCCCUUCCCUCCGCAGCAGGAUGUCAUCUCCCUGCUCGACCUCGAGAACCCGGUCCUCCACGGCAUGUCCGAGGAGACAUUCAGGACGGUCAUCCAGUACUUCGUCGACGCCAACAAGGCCACGCUCAUCUGGGUGACGCGGGCCUCGCAGGUGGCUUGCGAGGACCCCAGGGCUGCCAUGGUGCUGGGUCUCGCGAGGACAGCGCGCAACGAGACGUCCGCGCCGAUCCUCACCGUCGAGCUCGACGCCGCGACGGCACCGCCGACGGCGGCCGAGCGGGUGGUUGACAUUCUCCUCCGUGCCAAGGCUACCCAUGUCAACCCUGAGUCUGUAGAUCCCGACUACGAGUACGCCGUGGUCAACGGCGAGGUCCUCGUGUCCCGGCUGCACUGGAAGACUAUGUCACAAGCCUUUUCGGAACAACACGAACAAGACAACAGCAAGACGCAUCUGCUGCAAGCUCCCGGAUGCAAGCGACUUACCAUGAAGACGCCGGGUCUGUUGCACACAAUGAGCUGGAGUGAUGCAAGCGUGGCAGAACUGGCAGAAGGCGAGGUUCUGGUUGAGACCAAGGCUGUGGGGUUGAACUUCCGGGAUGUCCUCAUUGCACUCGGUGUACUUGAAAACAGCCCAGCCGAGAUGGGCUUCGAGGGCAGCGGCAUCGUCCGCAAGGUAGGACCUGGAGCGACACGCUUCUCGGUUGGCGACAGGGUCAUGUACAUUGGGAGCUCCUGCUUCAGUACCCAGCAUGCCAUGAAGGAGGCGUUGUGCGUCAAGAUGGACGAUGCCAUGAGCUUUGCGCAGGCAGCAGCCAUGCCGUGUGUGUAUACCACGGCGUUGAUGGCUCUCGUCGACAGGGCCAACCUUCAGAAGGGACAGACUAUUCUUAUCCACGCCGCAGCUGGUGGCGUCGGUCUGGCUGCAAUCCAGAUGGCACAGGUCAUCGGUGCAGAGAUAUACUGCACUGUAGGCAGUCAGACCAAACGAGACUAUCUCAAAGACAACUACAACAUCCCAGACUCACACAUCUUCAACUCGCGCGACUCGUCCUUCCUGCCCGACGUCCUCAAGGCCACCAACCAGCGCGGCGUCGACGUGGUCCUCAACUCGCUGUCGGGCGACCUCCUCACCGCCUCGUGGAGGUGCGUCGCCGAGUUCGGCACCAUGGUCGAGAUCGGGAAGCGCGACUUCCAGCGCCGCGCGAGGCUGCCCAUGGAGGCCUUCGAGGCCAACCGCACCUUCACGGGCCUGGAGCUGCGCCUCAUGGCCGAGGCCAUGCCCCACAAGGCGACCGCGCUGCUCGAGCGCUGCGUCGGCUGGAUCCGCGACGGGAGCAUCGCCGGCCCGACCGUCUCGGCCACGUACCAGGCCGCCCACAUCCAGGACGCCUUCCGCCACAUGCAGGCGGCCAGGCACGUCGGCAAGAUCGUCGUGGCCAUGCCCGAGCGCGUCGAGGACUUGCACCUCGCCGGCGUGCCCGUCUCUGCGGUGGUAGCUGCGCCCAAGCCCAAGCCGGCCUUCCGUUCCGACCGCACGUAUCUGCUCGUGGGCGGUCUGGGCGGUCUGGGCAGGGCGCUGGCGACGUGGAUGGCGGAGAAUGGGGCUCGUUCCCUGGUCUUCUUGUCGAGGUCAGCCCAGGCGGGUCCCGGAACAGAUGGAUUUGUGAAGGAGUUGGAUUCUCUCGGGUGUCAGGUUUUCCUGGUUGCGGGUAGCGUCACAAGCAAGGCUGACGUGGACAAGGCUGUCAACAACCCACUCUCGGCCGCAAGCCCCUUGGCCGGCAUACUCAACCUUUCCAUGGUGCUGAAGGACAUUGGUCUUGCCGACAUGAGCUUUGCCGACUGGAACACGGCCGUCCAGCCCAAGGUCCAGGGAACCUGGAACCUCCACGAGGCGACGGCAUCUGCCGAGCUGGACUUCUUCAUCCUGUUCUCCUCGUACGGCAGCAUCGCAGGGCAAUGGGGCCAGGCCAACUACGCCGCAGCCAACACUUUCAUGGACGCCUUUGUGCAGUUCCGCCACCACAAGGGCCUCGUCGGCUCCGUCAUCGACGUCGGCGUCAUGGGCGAGGUCGGCUUCGUCUCGCGGAACCAGGACGUCCUGGACCGUCUGGACCGCAUCGGCAUGCGCAUCCUGCAGGAGUGCAACCUGCUCGACGCCGUGGCGCUGGCGGUCGGCAGGUCCACGGCCGCCGCCGCCACGUCCUCCUCUCCGGCCUCUGCCCCCGGCCAGGCGGUAUACACAAACCCCAGCCAGGUCCUCCUCGGCCUGAACACGUCCAUCCCCAUCUCCUCGCCCCUCAACCGCGUCGCCUGGCGCCGCGACGCCCGCAUGAGCAUCUACCACAACCUGGAGCGCGCCGGCGGCGGGUCCGACGGCCCGAGCAAGUCGGGCGGGGACCGCAACUCCCUCCGGGCCCAGCUGGCGGCCCUCGCGGACCAGCAGGAAAGGCAGGGCGCCGUCGCGCGCGCGCUGGCCGGCGCGCUCGCAAACUUCCUCAUCAAGGACGACGGCAGCAUCCCGCUGGACAGGCCGCUCGAGAGCGUGGGCAUGGACUCGCUGGUGGCCAUGGAGAUGCGCAACUGGGUGCGCCAGCAGGUCGGCGCGCAGCUGAGCACCAUCGCCAUCGUGCAGAGCCCGUCGCUGCUGCACCUUGCCGGCCUGGUCCUGCUGGGCAUGGCGGGCGGCGAGGACAAGGGUGAGGCUGAGAAGGCGGCGGCGACUGAGGAGGACGUCCGUGGGGCGGGUGCGUAG